UCUUCUCUGUCCAUCAUUCCCCCCGAGGACUCCAGCGCCCUCUUGGGGUCCUGGGACCCUUACUCCACUCCUCCAUCUCCACCAUCUUCCUCUCCUUGGCUCCACCCCUUUCCCGCCAGCACCUGCGCAGGGCUCUCGUAGAGGGAGGUGGUGGCAGCAGCUGCUGCACGAAGAGCAACUUAGCACGAGGUGACAAGGUGGCGGCCACGCGGUCAACAGUCCAGGCCCUGCCUCUGUGGGGUCGUCACCAUGGCUGCCGCUGAGGUCCCUGUCCCUUCUGGGCACUUCACCCAGAUCAAAGAGCAGAAGUUGAAGCCUGGAGACCUAGAGGAGGAGAAAGAGGAGGACGGGGUACAAAGAGUGGACGCCCAGGAGGGAGCUGUCGAGGAGGUGGAGACCGAGAACAGCUGUCUGCUUCUGGAGGCCAGGGCCCCGGUGGAGAGCGAUAGGCGGAUCCUGACCCUGCAAACCAUGCACCUGGAGUCCCAGGAUGUGCACCUACAGGGGCUGGGAUGGCUGAGCGUGCCACACUCCGACGAGCUUUCAGGGACGGUACCAGAGGCGGAAGGCAUACUGCAGUUGCCAUCCGUGCUGUGGCUCGACCCAGAGCCCCAGCUCAACCUUCAGCAUUGUGUGACGGUCAGCAUCCCGGAAGAGCUGUACCCACCAGAGGAGCUGGAGCUGAUACAUUUUCACCUGCUGAGAGAGAACGUGCUAAUGGCCGAGGAGAACCAAGAGUUAACACCAGACUUGGACGAAAGCACAGCCCUGAAGAAGCCCGAAGAAGAUGAAAAGGACCAGCUCCCACCCCAGGGAGAGACAGACAAGAAAGAAGAGAGAUUCCUCCUUCUGGAAAUGAAACCAAAAGAGGGAAAAGACGAAAUUGUUCUGACCAUUUCCCAUCUAAGCCUAGAAGAACAGCAAGAUCCACCAGCGGCAGAGCAGACAAGUGUGCCGAGAGCCAAAGCCGCAAAACCAAAAGCGCGGAGGCAGACCAAGGGAAAACCUCAGACCUUUCAGUGCGACACCUGCCCGUUCACUUCUUCCAAGCUCUCAACUUUCAAUCGUCACAUCAAAAUUCACAGCAAUGAGAGGCCACACCUGUGUCACCUGUGCCUGAAGGCCUUCCGGACCGUCACUCUUCUUAGGAACCAUGUGAACACCCACACAGGAACCAGGCCCCACAAGUGCAGGGACUGCGACAUGGCGUUUGUCACCAGCGGAGAACUCGUCCGGCACCGGCGUUACAAACACACUUAUGAGAAGCCCUUCAAGUGCUCCCUGUGCAAGUACGCCAGCGUUGAGGCAAGCAAGAUGAAGCGUCACAUCCGCUCACACACAGGUGAGCGUCCCUUCCAGUGCUGCCAGUGUGCUUACGCCAGCAGGGACUCCUACAAGCUGAAGCGCCACAUGAGGACACACUCAGGUGAGAAGCCGUAUGAAUGCCCCACCUGUCACGUCCGGUUCACCCAGAGAGGGACCAUGAAAAUCCAUAUGGCACAGAAGCACGGAGAGAAUGUGCCCAAAUACGAGUGUCCCCACUGUGCCACCAUCAUCGCGAGGAAGAAUGACCUGCGUGUCCAUCUGCGUAACCUGCACAGCCAUAGCCCAGAGGAGAUGAAGUGCCGAUACUGUCCCGCCGGCUUCCAUGAGCGCUAUGCCCUCAUUCAGCACCAGAGGACCCACAAGAACGAGAAGAAGUUCAAGUGCAAGCAGUGCGAUUACGCGUGCAAGCAGGAGCGAUGCUUGAAGGCACACAUGCGCAUGCACACAGGAGAGAAGCCCUUCUCCUGCCUGGCCUGCAACAAGCACUUCCAACAGAAGCAACUACUGACUGUGCACCUGAGGAAGUACCAUGACCCGAACUUCGUCCCCAAUCUGCACCUGUGCCUCAAGUGUGAUAAACGUUUCUCCCGCUGGAGUAACCUGCAGAGACACAGAAAGAAGUGUGACCCGGAGCAUGAGACGUUGGCCCCCAACAAGGACAGGAGACCAGUGACAAGGACACAGGCCUCGGAGGGAGAAGCAGGACACGAGGAAGAUGUUGCCACCCUGGAGAGCGCCACCUCAGGGGAGCCUCAGUGCCCUGGGGAGCAGGCUCUGGGCCACCAAGGAGAAGCAGCGGGGAGCCAGAGCCCAGAUCAAGGCCUUACCUGCGAGAUGAUCUUUAACAUGAUGGAUAAGUGAGCAGCUGUGCCUCUCUGUGCUGUGGCCACUGGGGGAAGAAACCAGUUAGAAAUACGUUCCCAGACACAACACAGUGUUCCCAGAGUUUGAGAUAAUGUGUAGAAAUGUUUGAGAGAAGGAAAAAAAAAAACCCUGCAGCUAUUUCCAAAGCCUUGAGUCAGAGCUUGGAGUGAAGAUGCACAUCUCUGGGCCCUGGCAGGUGCCCAGCGUGAGUCAGGGACAGAUUCUAGGUGAUAUGUAUGUCCACGGGGGCUCAGACCAGUUAACACAUUGGUGGUCAGAUUUUGAGUUGUUGUACCCACCCUCGAUAUUUCUCUCUCUCUCUCUCUCUCUCUCUUUUUUUUUUUUUUUUUUGGUUUUUCGAGACAGGGUUUCUCUGUGUAGUCUUGGCUGUCCUGGAACUCACUUUGUAGACCAGGCUGGCCUCGAACUCAGAAAUCCGCCUGCCUCUGCCUCUGAUUAAAGGCGUGUACCACCACACCCGGCUGAUAUUUCUGAUACUAUGAUUUUAAGCACUAAAAUGAAUUGUAUAAUUUUUUUUAAAUGCCAAUGAAUUUUCCAUGACAUUUAAAGCUACCACGAUGCUUUCAAUGAAUUCUAAAGUCAACCCGAGGAUCUUAGUGCUGCGGAAAGAUGAAUUGGCAGAAACAAUACUCAUUUAACUAGAAAAAAAAAUAUAUAUAUCAUAGCUCUUUCUUUGGCAUAGAGCAAGGCUCACCUUUAGUUUUUGCCCCUCCUCCCCCAUCUUGUAGGCCUGUGGGUUGAACCCAGGGCUUGGCACAAGUUAGACAAGUGCCCCACCACCAUGCCAUACCCCCAGCCCCCACACAACUUCAAAAAAAAUUAAAUUAUCCAGGCUGGAUUUGAACUCAUUCUGUAGCCCAACUGCACUUGAAACUAUCCAUUCUCCUGCCUCCAUCUUGCAGGAAUGACGAGCCUUUACCACCAGGCCAGGCUUGUCUUCUCUUGAAUUGUUGUCUUCACCCGCUAUAAAAUUACACUGGCAUUGUUGCAAGCAUUGGUUUUGUUC